AUGAGCGCCCGCGAGCUGCCUCGCCAGCCCUGCGCUCCUCGCUCGCCCCCGACGGCGCCCGGCAGCCCCUUGGCGCCUUGGUCUCGGAGCAGCAGCAGCGCCCAGGAUGCUCCCGCCAUGGCCGUCUACUGCAGCGAGGCUUUCAGCAUGUAUCCCCAAGCAGCAGCAGCCACGGCGGCUGCGGGCACGUCGGGGCAGAGGCAGCCGGGUGCCGCGUAUGCGCUGGGCGACUACGAGCCACCGCCGGGCUACUUGUGGGGGUGA